AUGUUCAACCCCAUGAGCAGGAGCAGGACUUAUCAAGGUUAUAUGCGUGCGGACGCGUUGCCGGAGGAAGAAGAUGAACAUGGGAGCUCAGGGGAGGACAUAGACUUGGAGAGUGGCUCGAGUCCGAAUGCACCACGACAGAAACGCUCAGCAAAAUCCCAAGGGAAGCGGAAGGUCUCAUGGGACGGCAACGCUUCAGAAAUGAAUGUCCUGCGCCCCAACAUCCAGAAAGACGACAAAAAACAUGAAGGAGAGUCAUCGGAGGACGACGAGGUGCCGCAAAGUUUCAUGAUUGAAGCUACGGCCGGCGCUGCUGCAAGACAACCGACAAGGCAUCGAGGGGAGUCGGAUUCGGGGUCGAGCAGGUCAGCAAUGAAGCGGGGGCAGCCUUUGUACUCAACCUCUGCGCGUUCUGUGCCCCCUAUUCUGCCAACGGUUGCACCGCACGUGUCUAUACCGCCUAAACCGUCAGAGUUGGAUGUCGAGGAGGACAACAUGGAGACACCACGAUUAGCCCGUGGAGCGUCGGCUAGUGGCAGCUCCAACGGCGAUAGCUCUCGACAACCUAAACCUAUGCGAGGUCUGGACGAAUAUGAAAGGGCUUUAUGGAAUUGGGUGAACGUGUACAACCUCGAUGCCUUUCUUCAAGAGGUCUACAUGUAUUACGAAGGAAAGGGGAUCUAUAGCAUCGCUCUCUCGAGAGGGUUGAAUCUCUUGUUCUCUGGCGUUACCCUCCUCUUCUUCAUCCUCUUCACCGCAUUCUACCUCUGGCAAAUAUACUCCUACGUUAUGGAUGUCCUACGCCUCGUGGACAUGUACAACUUCUAUACCCAUCUUCUCAAGAUCCCUGAUUCUGAUAUCCAAACAAUAUCCUGGGCAGAGGUCGUACGACGCAUAGGCGCAAUCCGACAAGAGAACCCCAUCACGGCAAUAUCAUCUACAGGAUCCAAAUCCAAAGAUAACAAUACCUCCACAGCAAAGCUCGAUGCUCACGACGUGGCCAACCGGAUCAUGCGACAAGAGAACUACCUCAUUGCACUCUUCAAUAAGGACCUCUUGGACCUUCGCGUACCGUUACCUGGGUUCCUGAAUCGUUUCGUAACACCAGAGAAAGGAAAGGGCAAGGUGUUGACGCAGGCGUUGGAGUGGAACCUGAGGUUCUGUCUGAUGGGAUACUUGUUUGACUCGCAUGGUAGGCAAUACCAGAAGGAUCCUGGCUCGAUCAGUGGUCGACGAUAUACGUCAUACGCGCAAUGGAAAUUCAGAGAGUUUAAUGAGCUCCCCCAUAUCUUCACCAGGCGUCUGGACGAAAGCUACCCGCUCGCCAAUGUCUAUAUGGGCCAGUUCCCGAACGAGAAGAUGACCAUUCUCAUGAGAUUUGUGGCAUUCAUUGCAGGUUCCUUCGCUGCUGUCCUCCUACUCGCCACCCUCAUAGACCCCGACAUCUUCCUCAACUUCGAAAUCACCCCACAUAGAACAGUCCUAUUCUAUCUCGGAGUGUUUGGUGGUAUCCUCACGGUUGCACGAGGCAUGAUACCAGAGGAGAACCGCGUCUUCGAUCCCGAACUUCUCAUGAACGAGGUAAUCGCCUACACCCACUACAUGCCUGAUGAUUGGAAAGGGGAGCUGCAUAGCAAGCGUGUUAACCAAGAAUUCGGAGAGCUUUUCAAGAUGAAGCUGCUCAUUUUCAUCCAGGAGAUUGUGUCGGUGGUUACCACGCCCUUUGUGCUGUGGUUCUCAUUACCAGACUGUGCCCCUGCGAUUGUUGACUUCUUCAGAGAGUUCACGGUGCAUGUGGACGGCAGAGGGUAUGUUUGUAGCUUCGCAGAGUUUAACUUUGAGAGGCAUGGAAAUGUGAAGUUCGGCGCACCGGCGAAGGCAAAGGACAAUCGCAUGAUCUCCAACGACGGAAAGAUGGAGAAGAGUUUCCUGAAUUUCAAGGCUGCAAAUCCAGAUUGGCAACCGACCGAUCCCAGCGGCUCCCUCUACCUGAACCGGAUGGCGAAUCUCAAUGCGAACUUGCACCAACAACUCAGUCGUCGUCGGCAACAACAAGAGCAGGCGGGUUACGCCGGAGACAGGGAUUUAUCAGCGACAGUGCACUUCGCCCCGGACAGCUACGAUCGUGCCUUGAGACAGAGUCAACACGCCGCCUUGACGCGUCGCAGAGGCUUAGGCAACAGCAUCAUGACUAUGUCCAUGUUGAACGCUGCUGGACCAGAAGGAGCGUCGUCUGUGUAUGCCGGUGACUUGCUCAUGGCCCGUACAGCAGUCCUCGGGGACUCGCAGAACAGCGUCCACCUUGGCCCAUCACCUUCUCGAAGUGCUCAAGGGGCGAGCAAUGCAACUGGGGAGACCGGUUCCUCUCACGAAGCUGAGAAGGAAGAGGAGAGGAGCACAGUACAUAAUGAAAUUGGCCUGGGAGACUCGUACGUGGACGGUGCCAAGCGGCCUGUCAAACCGUAUGUCUCUGAAGGUGCCGAUGAGGAAGAGGAGGAGUUGGAGGAUGGAGGCGUGCUUGGUUUGUUGACUCAAAUCUACGGAAGGCGAGAUGGUCCUACAGUUGGAAUGCCUUGA